AUGACUCGCUUCUCUGAAGUUUCGCGUCGUUUUUACGUUUUACAUUCAGUUGUUCCGUUCGAAGAAGAUACAACACAUGAAUUUAAAGGUCACAGGAAUAUUUCAAUAGAGGAAAUCCCGCCCUGGUGUUUUAUUCCUGGGACAGACAGGCGAUCCAGAAAAGCUGUCUCAAGGUGAGCUAAGAUUUUUAGCGUUCAGGAAAAUGACUGGGGUUUUAAUAUUGCUAUUUCUGAGAUUUUAAACUUUGAAGAGAUAACUAUUAAAAUUGGAGAAAAAAAUGUAGCUGUCUUAUGCACACGUGAUCAUUCGGUAGAAUACAAUUUGCAAGUAGAUGUGAAAUAUGGACUGUCACGUGAUCGUCAAACCACACUGAAAGUAAUAAUCCCGCUUUGCCUCGACUGCACUUGCAAAAUUUUCAAAUUUUUUUGAAAAAGGAAGAUAAUUUCACCUUGAAACGAGGCAUCAAGGAUCAAUUACCAUAAAGACAAAACAAUAACAAAAUUUGCCGUCAUUUACCAAAGAUCAAUAGGAGGCUGGGUGAGGAAAGAGUAAAGAAAACAACAACAACAACAACAACAACAAAAACAUGUAAAGUUGACCCAAAAAUUCCAAUUAAAAAUCUUGUUCUUGAAACUACAUGCACUAUACUUCCAUCCAACUACCUGGUAGUCAUGUAGAAGCUUAGCAUGUACUUCUUCAUUUAAACUCAUCGCUAAUGAUGAGCUUGGUAGCAGGUGCCUUAAAGGUUAGUAGGAGGCCAAAUACAAUAAGCAGAGAGGAGGUAUCCUUGGCAACCCUGGAAGCAGGAACCACCCCAACAGCAGCCACUAACCGGCACCGUCACAUUGUACAGACAUGUGUACCUAAGAGAAUACUUACCCGAGAAAAUACUGGUCACACUGUAUUUUGGGAAAUUUUGGAAUGUCGUUUGAUGAAGAAAUCAUUCAUUGAUAGAAAAUUGCAUUGUAUCUGUUCUCUGUUGGUAGAAACAUUAAUGGUUUUCUGAACACUGGCAAAGGUGGCACAAUAUAUCUUGGGAUUGUGGAUAAUGGUAGCGUCAAGGGAUUACACUUGACACUUUACCAGGUAAAAUAUUGACUUACAUAUUGUACAAGGUAUUACAGGUCAAAAUUAUAUUCAGGUUAAAAUAAACUAGAUUGAAUCUCAAUUUCCUUUUUCCCCUAGCCCUAAUUCAUGGAUAAUUAGGGCUAGGAGACCAAGGAAAUAGAGAAUACAGUGUAAAUGUACAUGUAGGUUAAAGAAAUUGAAAUUAACAGUCUGAAUUAUUUAAUUUUGACCUGUGACAUAGAUACUGUAUACCAUGCCAUCAUCAUCAGAUCCCUUCCCAAUGUGAGGGGGUUCAGGAAGGAAAUAUCAUAAUUGUCAAUCCUUCUCCAACAGUCUCUGUCUAGGGGAACGAUGAAAGCCUUAUAUAUCCCAGGACCUCAGUCAAAACUACAUUGUACUUUAAAUUUGGCUCUUUCUCAUGUCAUGCCCAUCUGAUGGUUAUAUUUAUGGUAGUGGUAUGUGGAAAAGCUUCUUUCUUUAUUCAUGACACACGUCCUUUCUGACCACUCCACUUCCGUGCCACACCACUGCCUUCUUUUCAUGUGCAGGCUCAUUAGGCCCUCUCAGGGUGGGAAGAGGGUACAUAUGUCUCUUGUGUAAAUUUUAAUGCGGUAGUUUUGCUUUUUGAAUAGUAGGCCAUGUUCCUGUUAGGUAUUUCACCCAUCUUGUUUAUGUCAGUGGUCACCAUUUCGUCUACUCUCAUGUCGCUGUUUCAGGGUCAUGUCGCUUGUUGGAAUUUUAUACUAACAGGGGUUGGCUGGCUAGCUCUACUCUUAAAGGGUGUACCUUUUUACCCUGUGCAUUUAAUGUACAAAAAAAUAUUGAUUUCUAAACAAAUACUUGUUCUGUCCUUGCUUAUCUUUAUUCAGAAGGAUCAUGUGGUUAUUGCAGUCAAGGAUGCACUUAGCAGAUACACACCUCCAGUUCCAGAAGAAUAUUACAAAGUACUACAUAUAUGUAACACAUUCAGAUGUAAUCAAUUAAUUACUAUACUACAGUGCAUACAGUGUGUAUUAUACUACAGUACACUUACUAUUAUACUACAUAUGUACAGUAUAUUAUACUGAUUAUACUACAAUACAGUACUUAGAUGUUUUCUGUCAUUGUUGUCAAUGCUAAAGCUUGCUAAUGUCAGUCAAUCAACCCCAAAAAAUGACAAAUCAAGGCCUGGUUUAGGGCUAGCACUCCAUGAGGGCUUUUGAAAUUUUUCACGGAGGUAAAUUAAUGUUGUCAAUGCAGCUGGUCAAAACAAUUAAUUAUUAUUAACUCUUAUUUGUUUCUGGUUCAAAUCAAGGUAGAAAUUGUACCAGUCAUAAGGAAGGAGGAAGUGGGUAAUGUUGAGACAGCACUUCAGCUCCAACAUGACAGGUGAGUUUCUUGCAUCUGAGUUUGUUUUAAUCAAUUUUAAUUUGGACACAUCUCGAUACAAUGAAAGAAAACAUUAUGAUUUAAUCAGGAUAAGACAGUCAGGUUUUCCUAGUUGCUACAUCGUAUUAUAGAAAGCUGUUGAUCCUGACUAAAGAUAAUAAAAAAAUGUAUGACGUUUAAUAUUAAGUUUUAUUUAGAAGUACAUUAAUAUUAUAGCAAUGAAGGCUGCUAGCAUUGGUGAUAUUACUAAAAGCACAUCACCAUACACUGUAAACCAUGUGCAUGAUUGUAAAGUCCCAUUUAUUUCCCCCAUUGCAGAAUUGCAUGUACAUAUAUUUACUUGACUAAAUUGAAAGCUACCUUGGAUAAUAAUAAUUACACUAACACUAACAGUAAAUUUUUACCUUUUGUGAUGUAUGUAUGUAUGUGCAGCAACUGUUAUACCUUUUUUCAGUACCCAACUUAUGAAAUCUUUAACAAUGAAUGUUUGGAACUCAUAGUGCAAUUAAAAAUGCACAAAAUUAUAAAUGUUUAGAGAGACACUUUUGAACUUCCCUUUUCCGUUUUUUGACUUUACUGUACAAAACGCACCAAUUACUGAUUACGACUCUUCAUAGCCAAUAACAUCAUGGCUUAACUGACAGCCAACCAAUAACAUUGCGACGUAAUUGACCGAUCAAUAACCAGAGUAUAAUACCAUCAACUGACGUGAUACGACAAGUCACUUUGACCUUGAAGAUGACUACCGCACAGGUUGUCGAAACAUCAGGCACCGUCAACAACAACAGUCCUAUUCAGGACUACAUUCACCCGGACAAUCAAACUCAACCUACUUUUAUACAUGUAAUUUCUAUUUUUUUGUAUGUAGAGAUGAUGAGGAGACUACAAAUCGACACAGGCCUCACGUUCUUCGAACAUCAGAAUACUGCUGGUGUGACCGAGAAGCUAUGGAUGCCUUCAAUGAAGUGAGUGAACUGACCUGUAACUUGAAACUUGAAGCAUCCAAAGUCUGUUUCACGCUGAACUAGUGAUAAAACAGUCUGCUAACAUGCAAUGAAUUUGUGCAUUUCAUUUAGGCUGGAACUGUGUAUGCAGUUAAAAGUCUUCCACUCCAAAGUGAGUCUGGUCAAAUAAAAACUUAAUUUCCCCAUCAGUCUCUUGGGUUGCCUUUCACUUUUUAAAACUUUCGGAAGCUUAUGAUCUUAAAAGUGAAAAGUGAUUGGCUAAUUAAUACACUUGUACAUGUAGUAAUUUAUAUUACUGGACAGGAUUUUCUGAAAGUGUCAUACACUAUGUGAACUUAUCAUUAUAAUGUGUUUUUUCUAUAGCAGAUUGAGCAUAAACACUAGCUACUUUGGCAGGACUGUUUCAAUUUUCUGCUGACAUUUUCAUAAAUCAUUAGCCUCAAAAAAAGUAGCCUGAGAAAAUGGCCAACAAGUUGUGACACCACCACUCACUGGUUACCUGCGAAAUGACAUCUGACAAACCAAGUGCAGAAAUGCCACACUGAUGACAUAUUACUGACUAGAUCUGAGUAAAAGCUUCUGAUCAGUUGAAGCAAAUUUCUCUUGUGGCAUGAUCAAUCAAAGGCACUACCUAGAACCUACCGGUAGUUCUACUUAGUGAUACAACAUCAGUGACGUCAGUGUGAAACUUCAAUCUGCACUCUUUCAUGUCACUUAUGCAAUUUGGACAUCUUUUAGGGUUUGCCUGCACCCCUUUAUGUUGUGGAAAUUACAGUGUUUCCAUGGAAACCAAAAGUGAAAACAGACAAAGGUCAACACUGCCCAAAUCUUCACCCAGUGUAUGAGGAUGAAGAAGGAAAAUGUUAUUUUAGACGACAAGCAAGUUUAGUGCAGGUAAAUGUUUUGCUGAUCUCUUAUUAUUAAUUUAUUAUUUUGAUAUGAGCAAAAAAAAAAAUAAUAAUAAUAAUAAAAUACUCAAGCAUCUCUCUCAUAUUGGUUCAAGGCCUUUGCCUCAAACUUCCCUCAGGAAUGCUGCCUCUUAAUAAGCAUUUCUAAAAGGCUAAAGAAUUCAAUCCCUAAGCUACAUCUACGUGUAGCCAUAAACUUUUUAUCUUCAUUUUUCAGUAUUCAGUGCAAGAAGUAGUGGAACUUACAAAGCAAGAAGUUCACAACCAUUUUAAACCUUUAUUUUCAAGGUAAAAUAUGAAUGUAAAUGUAGCAUUUUGUUGAUUGGGCAUAAAAAUUAAUAAUAAUAAAUUAUUAUAAAAUACAUAAUAGAUGCAUACAGUGUGUAAGUUGCCACAAGAAUUAGUUACUCAUCAGUUUGAAACACACAUUUGCAUGUACAGUGUACUGGCACACUGUAAAAUCAAUCUUUUUUCACUGAUUUAUUACUAUAAAAUUGUAAAUGCUGACUGCUUUCACUAGUUACUUUGUAUGUUUCUUUCUUCAUUUUUAGCAUCAAAGAGGAGAUGAAGAUGAUUAAAGAACACUAUUUCUCUCUGUACAAUCACACAGAAGGCAGUUAACAUAAAGUUUCAUUUAGUUUAGUUAUUAUAACAGCUUUGCAGUUGGUGUAAUUAUUGUACAUAGUAUUUUUUAGGGUUAUAUCCAUGCGGAAUACAGUUGCACUCAGUCCCUAAUGAACAAGCAUGUUAGUUGCGAGUAUGCUUUCUUGCAUUUUGGCUCAUUCUCUCUUCAGUAUUGCUAGACCUUGACCUGACUGACAGUAAAGGGACUGCUCACAGUGCAGUAUGAACACGCCUGUAUGGUUUUGAUGUAUUUAAAAUCAAGAUGGAGCACCAAGAUUACUUGUAAAGCCGUUUUUGAUAAGGCCCUC